CAUUCUCAAGCUCCGCUCUCCUACUCAUACUAAAAACCUUCUCUUUCUUCCAACCCAGGCUUCGCUGUCUAUAAAACCCUAUCGGAAGCCUUCAAUCUCUGUCGUUUUCCUUGCCGGAAGUACUCACACUAUCUUUUGCGGUUGCUUUGGAUCAUUUUGGGAAUUAUUGGGCUGCAACGGUGAUGUUAAUUCCUAGGCUUUUGAGAGCUGGAGCGUGGAUGGUCAAAGAGCUCUCAAAAGAUAGUUAUUCAUGUGUAUCUCGAACAGGAUGUACAAGUCAACAAUGGCGACCUUUGUUUUCAUUACAGUCAGAAACUAAGGUGUUCCAAGGUUCCAUAUUUCAGAAAUAUCUUCAUUUUUCUACCACAGCUGCUAACGAUGCUAGAGAUGAAAGCAAUGAACAGGAAGACAUGAUAAGAGUGACAUUUGUUGCUAAGGAUGGAGAGGAAAAGAACAUUAAGGUUCCUGUUGGAAUGUCCAUGUUAGAAGCGGCACAUGAGAAUGAUAUAGAACUUGAAGGAGCAUGUGAAGGCUCGCUUGCAUGCUCAACGUGUCAUGUAAUGGUGGAGCAAUACAAUACUUGAGACCCGACUGAUGAGGAAAAUGACAUGUUGGAUCUGGCUUUGGGGCUUACUGCGAUGUCUCGUCUGGGAUGUCAAAUAAUUGCGAGGCCUGAACUUGAUGGAAUUUGCUUGGCCGUUCCUGCUGCCACUCGAAACUUUGCUGUAGAUGGUUAUGUACCAAAACCACACUAGAUAUAAUACAACUGAGCAUUAUUAAGAUAAGUUAGGAUGCAAUCAUCCAGUUUUGUAGCUCCUACACUGUUUUGGUUUGUGGGCAAUAUUUAAUUCUUUAUACCUUGUCAUUUAUUUUGUAUUAUGUUGG